AUGGCCGACGCGUCCUCACCCUCUCCAACCGCGAUCAUAAUCAGCACAGCAAUUAUCGCCGGACUCAGUGGCUACAUGAUAGGCAUUGCAUCUUCACUAGGCUUUCUCCCGAUACCUUUUCAGAAUCGUCCACCAAAGGCCCGUGGCAUAGAUCAUUAUGACGAUGAGGAGGAGAGCGAAGAAGAAGACAUUGACGAAUCGAUCUUAGAUCACGCGCCGAAUUGGGCUAAUGGAAUCGAAGCGGACAAGAGGGACGGAUUGAGGGCUGAACCGCAGAAAGAAAAGGCACGGGGCGCUGCUGCCAAUGAACCAUCAUACGAAGAUAAUGGCGAGGAGUGUAAGCUGGUCCUGGUUGUCCGGACGGAUUUGGGAAUGACGAAAGCAGGCAAAAUUGCAGCUCAGUGUGGACAUGCUACCUUGGCUUGCUACAAGAAUCAUCUAAAGAAGAAUACACCCAUCCUGAGACGGUGGGAAAGAACCGGGCAGGCCAAGAUUGCAGUACAAGUGAAAAGCGAGGAGGAGUUAGAGACACUACAAGCAACGGCCAUCAGUCUUGGGCUUGUAGCGGAGGUCAUCGCGGAUGCAGGGAGGACGCAAAUCGCGAGCGGCAGCCACACUGUUUUGGGCAUUGGCCCAGCUCCCAAAAGUCUUGUCGACAAGGUCACUGGACACUUGAAGCUAUUAUAA